AGGUUUUCCCUGAAUCAGACACACCUUAGUUUGAUUUUCUGAUGGCCUGUGAAGAUGCUAAAGAAUCAUUGCUUUCAGAGCUGAGAGAUCAUUAUCGUGUCAAUGGAAACAAGGACAUCCGGAGAAGAAAUAUUUGCAGUGGUACUGCUUCUCCUGCAGAGACCAAUACCCUUGAACAAAAUGGAGUCAAAUGUCCUUUGGCUCCUGAAUGUAUAUUCGAGAAACCCCGAUUCAAUUUCAAGUAUGUGGUUAUGUUGUUGGCUGUCUACCUAGGUGGAGGCACCCUUUGUUUCUUCUUCAUAAGACAUCAGAUCAAGGGCAAAAGAACAAAUGGGAUUCUUGAUGCCAUUUACUUUUCUGUUGUUACAAUGACCACUGUUGGAUAUGGGGACCUUGUUCCAGAUAGCAUAUUAGCAAAACUAUUUGCAUGCAUUUAUGUCUUCACUGGCAUGGCGCUGGCUGGUAUAGUUCUUAGUGAGGCAGCUGAUUACAUAGUACAAAAGCAGCAAAUCCUUGUUGUUAGAGCCAUUUACAUGGGUGAAAAACCUGAUCCAGAUGAGAUUCUUAAGGAGGUCGAGACCCACAAAGUUAAAUAUAAAUUAAUAAUGGUGGGUGGCAUUCUUCUGGUGCUUAUUAUGGUAGGAACUCUCUUUUUAUUUAUAGUCGAAGAAUUAAACCUGAUGGAUGCAUUCUAUUGUGUUUGCUCAACCAUUACCACUCUGGGCUAUGGGGAUGAGAGCUUUUCAACCAGAGGAGGUCGUGUUUUUGCUAUUUUCUGGAUACUGAGCAGUACCAUUUGCUUAGCUCAGUUCUUUCUCUACGUUGCUGAACUAUACACCGGAGAAAGGCAACGAGCAAUGUUGAAACAGGUUCUUUCAAGGGAAUUGACAUUCUCAGAUCUUGAGGCAGCAGAUCUUGAUGGUGAUAAAGUUGUCCGUGCUGCAGAAUUUGUCAUUUAUAAGCUGAAGGAAAUGGGGAAGAUUGACCAAGAGGAUGUUUCAAUUGUGAUGGAGAGCUUUAAGAGAUGUGAUGCUGAUCAAUCUGGAACUUUGACUGAAUCUGAUCUCAUGAAAUCCCAACCGUCCUAAUCUCAGAUCUGACGGUCACCAUCUUUUGCAAAGUUAAUAACUCAGCCUGUAGUUUCUAUAAUUAACUUAAGAAAGUACUAAUAGCAUGUGCAAGGCUAUAGUUGUCUUUGUUAGUUAUCAGUUAGCAGCCUGUGUAUGCUUAUGACAGUAUGUGCCCACCAAUUACAUUUCAACUUCGGCAGGAAAACACUGUAUAUUUGUGUCUUAUUUUGAUGUGAAGAGUACAAAUGCAUGCCAGGGCAUAAAGCACUUCCAAGCUUUUACCCAAGGCUCAUUGUUACAGAAGAACUGCUGAAAGAAAUAAGGGGGCAAAAUAAGAAAAUACAAGCUAAUAAAGAAUAUGCAGAGCAUGACAGGACCUUACUAUAUCUA